UGGGCGAGGCGCCCUGCUGACGUCACAGGGGCGCGCGCGGCUCUGACGCGCUCUCACGGUAACCGCCGGAAGAGCCGCCCGGAGCCGGGGAGAGCUGGAAGCGGCGGCAGUAUACAUGAAGCUUGAGAUCUGAACCUGCUAUGACUGACCCAGACGUCCUCACUGAGGUCCCAGCAGCUCUCAAACGCCUUGCCAAAUAUGUGGUGCGUGGCUUUUAUGGCAUUGAACAUGCUUUGGCUCUGGACAUUCUCAUCAGGAACCCCUGUGUGAAGGAAGAGGACAUGUUAGAGCUCCUUAAGUUUGAUAGGAAGCAGUUGCGGGCUGUCCUCAACACCCUCAAGGGUGACAAGUUUAUCAAAUGCAGGAUGAGGGUAGAGACGGCUCCAGAUGGCAAAACCACCCGUCACAACUACUACUUCAUCAACUACCGCCUUCUGGUUAACGUGGUGAAGUACAAGCUGGACCACAUGAGGAGGAGGAUUGAGACAGAUGAAAGAGACUCCACCAAUCGCGCCUCUUUUAAAUGCCCCAUUUGCUUCAGCACUUUCACAGACUUGGAGGCCAACCAGCUGUUUGACCCCAGGACAGGAACUUUCCGCUGUACUUUCUGUGAGACUGAAGUGGAAGAAGAUGAAUCGGCGAUGCCCAAAAAGGAUGCAAGGACACUCGUGGCAAGAUUUAAUGAGCAGAUUGAGCCCAUCUAUGCGCUGCUACGUGAGACGGAAGAUGUUAACUUAGCCUAUGAAAUCCUCGAGCCAGAACCCACAGAGAUUCCUGCCCUGAAGCAGAGCAAGGAGCGUGCAGCUGGUACUGGUUCAGGGACAGCAGCUGGCAUUGCAGGUGGACACCAUCGGGAAGCAUGGACUACAAAAGGACCAUCAUAUGAGGACUUGUAUACCCAGAACGUUGUCAUCAGCAUGGAGGACCAGGAGGAUCUUAACCGGUCUGCAGGUGAAGGAAAGCCAGCCAGAGAGAGACCAAUUUGGCUACGGGAGAGCACGGUGCAGGGGGCUUAUGACCCUGAUGAAAUCAAAGAUGGUGGCCGGGAUCUGGAUGCCUUCCAGGACCGUGAGGAGGGCCGGGCAGCUCUGGAUGAUAAUGAGGAGGUGAUGCGUGCCCUGCUUAUCCACGAGAAGAAGACACCUUCUGCUUCAACAGUCACCAUCGGAGGUGCCGCUCCUCUCUCCGGUGCCAACGCUAGUGACUCCGAGAGUGAGACAAGCGAAUCGGAGGAGGAAUCCCCUCCCCGCCCUCCUGCCACGGCCACCUCAACGUACAGGCUGGAGGACGAGGAGGAGGAUGAAGAGUUUGAGGUGGUGGCAGAAGACCCCACUGUCACAGUGGCUGGGCGUCCACACUCGUACAGCCAAGUGAGCCAGCGCCCCGAGCUGGUGGCCCAGAUGACACCGGAGGAAAAAGAGGUUUACAUAGCCAUGGGGCAACGCAUGUUUGAGGACAUGUUUGAUUAACUGCUUCCUGCCACGGCAUUUUUUAAAAAGUGACUUUUUAAGCCAGAGACUCCCUAGUAAAACAGAAGACUGAAGCGCAUCUUUCCUCCCCUGUGCGCAGGGACACUGGGCAUUGGGACUGCUAAUCUCAGGCAUUUUGCUCACCAGAGCGGGGGAGCAGGAAGGCUGCAUGUGCCAAGACAGACUUCCAAGAUCUGGUAUCAAGCUUCUAGAUAUCAAGCCACAGAGCGGGGCUCUGCACGCAUGCCAGAAGAGGAAGAACGGCCACUGCUGCAAGCAAAGCCAGCCACUGCCAGCAGGUGCCCUUUUGUCAGAAGGAAGGCUCCAAAAUGUGUGGCUGAAGAUGAGGGGUGAUCUCUGUCCUGGUGCCGUGGGUGGCUAAGCGUGGAUGGGAGCUCACCAGGAAGGUUUCGUCUGGACACUGGAAGAUGGAUAUGUGCAAUCAACUUUCUGCUCUCCAAGAUCCUGGAGAUCAUCAAAAAGCUGGGCUACUCAGACAAACUCACGGUAACGCAGGUUCUGGUACAAUUUUUCCAUCGGGGCUUGCAGCUUUGCUGAGAUACCUGCUUUCCUACGGAGGGUAGUGGCAGGCAGAUGGACAGCUACUCUGCUCCGGCUGAUGCAUGGUGAAUUUCUUCGCCAAGACUCUGACACAUGUGAGCUCAUAUAUGAUGGAGAGAUCAGCGGCAGGGGCUUCCUGCAUGGAGGUGGAGGACACCGCACAGCUCUCCUUGCCCAAAUGGCUGGAACGAGGGAGAAGUGCUCUCUGCUCUUUCUUCUCCAGUGUGUCUGUAGCCUUCUCUCUUCUCUGGACGUGGUGUUGGGGAGGUCCCCAGCUGGCUGGUGCAAGGGGGUCACGUCAUCCUCCUGCAACCAGGUGGAGGAGGAAGGCAUGAGGAUGGAUGCACCCAGGGAGCCGCAGGGGAUCCGUUUUUUCUCCGGGCUGAUCAUUUCAUCGGUGAUUAUGGAAGUUCAGCAGAUCCCUUCUCUGGUGCCAGAAGCAAAUAGGCGAUUGCCUCAGAAGAGGAGAAUGAAUACACCUCACAAAACUCACAUGGACCUCACAUAACUCAUUCGUGUUAAAAGACUUUCCGCACCGUGCUGCCAGCGUUGUUAAAACGUCACCUGUUAUUUAUGCCACCGCAGCCGAAUGUUUCAUUUAUGACUGUAAAUGAGCAGCAAGCUUGACGAACAAAUGAAGAUGCUGAGCCUCAUCCCAUGUAACCCCAUGCCUGCCGCUGCCCUUGGGGGCUGCAGCCAAGCACGGGCAGAACCGGGCUGUAUUUGCCACAGGCCUGUGCUUCACGGGAGCUUUCACACUGAUGUCGCAGUCUCACAUUUCAUAAAGUUCGGCACUAAUUGAAAAGUGCUUACUCCUGUUUGUUUAACUCAAGCGCCUAGUGCUGCCUGUGUGGUUUUCAUAGGGAGGAAUAGCCAACGACCCUGCUGCUAAUGAAGAAUUGAAGUUCAAGCAUAAAGUAGUGAUUAACUGUAGGUCACCUAUGAAAAAUGCCUUUGCCUGUCCAGAGCUGUUGUAUUUCUUCAGCGCACAGGGGAUUUUUCUGAAACUCCUGAAGCUAAGCUGCCAGCAGGUUAUAAACCAAAAGGCAUUCAAUUAGAGCCUGUCUAUUCUUCACCAGGGGUGCCCAGGCUUCCUUGCCCCGCAAGCCACGUAUUGAACCCCCUGCACAGCAAAAAGCCCCGUGCUGCUCUACCUAAAACUGCUGAGGAGAUCCCUGAGAGAUGUUCCCCGGUGAGAAAUGACCCGUCUGUGUAGCUCACUGCACCUCCCAGCCCUCCACCGGCACUUCCAGGCUGGGAGGUGGCUGUUGGGUCCCAGGCUACUGGGGGCUGUUGGACCUGGCAGCCCACCCCUACAGCUGGGGCUUGGGUGGACGACAACAUCCCAAGAAGAGGAGCUGGAUGCUACAGCAACGGAGGAUGUCAAAUAGCAACCAUUAUAUCAAGAUACAGUAGCAGUACAGAAUAUUUGCAACCAAGAAUACUGAAAGAAGUGUCUGAGGAGCUUCCUGAAUCACUGACAAUGAUUUGUAAAAAAUCUUGAAAGACAAGGGAGGACCAGAAAAGUGCUGAAGUUACGCUGUUGAUUAAACAGCAUGAACCAGAGUUGUCCUCAGAAAUCAUGAUGGGCACCGCUUCUCUGCAUGUACAGAAGAUUUGGUUGUAUGUCUGUCUGGUCUCUCCCACAGAUAGACGGAGCACCAAUGCAGCUGGUACAGCAUGUCUGGUGCCAUGCUGAUCACAAGCUAGCCAGCAGCAUGCCAGCCUCUUCAA